CGUCACUAGAGGGGGCUGUGUGGGUCUAGUGAAGGUCACGUGACCUCUGAAUCCCGCACAUGACUGCAGGUAGGCUGACCUGGGUUCACGGCCUUUCCUUCAGAAGAACACAUUCCUGCUGUGAAGAUGAUCCGUAGACUGCCUUUCGGUCAGCUCAUGCUGGCAACGCUACUUGGAGUUGGUGCCGGCUUAUAUAUUUAUAAGCCACUUAUAGAAAGGCAUCAGUUUGAACAGAGACAGCUAAACACCAAAGUUCAAAUUACUGAUGUCAAAGAAAAUAAAUAACACUUUUUCUAAUUA